AAAGAGAUAGAAAGAGGAGUGAGGGUUGUAGCGAUCACACUCACUUUCUAAGCAGUCUCACAUAUACUGGCAUGGCUGAAGAGAGAAUGGUUUGAGGUGAGGAGAGAGACAGUGCAACUUUGACAAGUCAGAAAAUACAACUUUAGUGGGAGUUGCAAUUGCCGAUAAUAGAACCACAGUCAAGCCAGCAGCAUUGGAGGAUGGAGGUAAUCUUAGUUUUGGAGGAUGUACCACCUAAGAAAUCAGUGGCAGAGCUAGCCGGAAAGUUCAAAAGUCAUGCCAUCCCCAUCCCCACUGGAACCGAAGGGAAACCCAUCUCCCCAUCUCAGCAUGCUUCCAAAACCAAAAGGAACUCUGCACUGAUUGAGAAGCUGCAGGCGAACCUGGUAAUAUCCCCUGCUGCUCUCAUGCCCUCUCAUAAGAGCCCUGGCCUGAGAUUGCUGCCCCCCUCCUUCUCCCCUGUGUCUCCGUGCUCCCCCACCCUUCCUGUUACUAUGGUAAACCCCACCUCCCCAGUUAGCAGGGUGCCUCGAGCUCGGUCACAGAGCAAGGAAGAGAUACCCACCACCUUUGAGAACCCAGCCAAACCCACUGAAGGGUCCCUACUGCCCAGUAUCAACAAGGGAAGAGCACGUCUCUCCAUCAGGCGACGCCCACCUUCAAGACGACACAGGAAGUCAAGUGGAGAGGAAGAUGGUGGGGCUGCAGAAAGUGACACGCCCCUAUCACCUAACAACACCCCAGACAGUGUUGGAGAGGAUGAGAAGAAAGAAGGAGGGGAGGUGUUUCAGAACAAACACAAGAAUGAGGAAGAAACAGACAACACUCCCAAAGCAGACACAGAGCCAAUCUCUGUUACCUCUACUAAUUCACAGCAACAGCCUGUGACGGAUGGUACAACUACAGACAUUGACCUAUUGAAUAAGACCAAAACAGGAAGUUUUCUAGAGCCCCAGAGAGAAGAGAACCAGGAGAGAAAAACUGGAGCGGAAAGACAGACAGGAGCAACAGAGUCUAGAGGAGAAGGGAAAGCGUGUGGUCAGGGGUGUGGAGAAGAGAAAGAUGAGAAGGGGAUACUCAGUUGUUCAAUACUCAGAAAGGACCAGGAGUCAAAUACAGAAGAGGGAAAAGAGCUGGCCUGCAAAGAGAGAGAGGCAGAGAGGGAUACAGAUUAAAAUGAAAAGAAGGUGGGCAAGAUCAUCUUUGAUGCUUAAAUAUUGGUAUUAGAUAUUGAUCUAUACAAUGGACUAUCAAUUUCCUAAACACUCUUAAAUCCAUUGAACAUAAUCACCUCAAGUGGUAAUCUACAUCCCCAUACUCAGUUGAAAUAUAGAAUAUAUUGUAUCAUGUGUUAAAGAGGCCUUACCAUAACACAGCUACUUAAUGUAUUAAUUACUAACAAUACAUUUGUUUAAGAAAAACACAAGAUCUCCUCGUGUAAGAAAAACAAUCUAAAACAAGCAACAUUGAAUUUCACAAUAUAAUGUAUGUCCACUUCAUUCUGUCUGUUCAUAAAAUACCACAAAUGUAGUGCACUAUUUUUGACCAUAGCCUAUACCCAAACAAUUGCUGCAACGAUUUCUGGGAGAUAUGCUUUGGAGAGACGGAGACCAGUGCUGCGAUUCAUUCAAAUUUGCAAGAGCAAUGUUUACCCAGUCUUUCAAAAUUUUCACAUUCAUCUCAUGCUAAAACACAACUAAUUCUUAAAGGUGAAAGCAUAAUAGUAAGGAAGGUCACAGUUAGUGUACUGAACAAAAAUAUUAAUGCAAUGCAGUAUUGGUGCCGUGAGCAGAUAUACAAUAUCACAUACCUUUUCAAUACAUUAAUCCAAACAAAUCCAUAGAUUAAGGCUUAAUUAAUUCAUCUCAACAGACUGAUGUCUAGUUUGUCUAGCUAUAAGUUGUAGGGCUCAAAAGUAGUGCACUACAUAGGGAAUAUCUAAAUAUUUAUAUAUAAAUAUAGUAGACUGUAUCAUGUAAAAUAUAUCAGAUCAUUUUCAUGUGAAUCAAUUUGUAAUAAUUUGCAAUUUAUGCAACACAAAACAUUGCUGCUUCAAAGCUGCUUCAUGAGCUUGUUUCCCAAUAACCUACAUUUUACCAAAAUGUGCCAAACAUUUUAAGUCUAAUCAAUGUAAUCAUAGCACAUCAUUUGUUGUGUAAUCAUAUAUUUUCUGAAAUAAAAAGUUAUUUUUAAACGUCUUUAACACAUUUUGUAAUAAAGCAUACUGUAGACCAUU